GGCUGGGUGGGGUGAGGCGAGGGAGGUCCUAAAUUGGAAAAUAAAAUUGGGCUCUCACGGGGUGGAAGCGGUGCAGACGCCUCCUUAGGUUUGGGGCGCUGGGCGCCUCUCGCCAAGUUUAGUCUCGCACCUGUUCUUGCCCACCUCGGAAUUUUCCUGGGGUUCAAACAGUAGAAGGGAAAGAACCUUAAAGAAAAAUUGCAAGGUGUUGUGUUUGGGACGUGCGCGUUAGAAAAUGUGGGACAAACUUAUUUCAGCAAAAAGUAACUACUGAUAAAUUGUUUGGUUGGCUAGGAGAGGGAAGGAAUGUGGAAGGAUGUUAGUGCAGCGGGUCGAAUAUUAAGAGCGGGCUUUUGUAGGUGAAUUGUAAGGAUGUAGAUAUAUGGAGAGCCUAGGUGUGGAUUCUGGCUAGAGGGAUGAGGGUAAGGAAAGGAGCCCAGGCGAACGAUGUACUAUGUGCUCAUGAGGACCGCAUAGAGAAUGUGCUCCGUUUCUCCACGUUUGCUGCGAAACCGGCAUUGAAUGAAGUUUCCAGCCUCAGAAGUUGCUGUCAGAGAGAGAGGGAGAGAGAAAAGCAUCGAUUGGUUGUCUCCCAUAAGCACCUUGACCAGAGAUUGAACCAAAACUUAGAUUACAGCAAAAUGGAUAUACCAAACCCACCAACUUCCAAAUGUAUCACUUACUGGAAAAGAAAAGUUAAGUCUGAAUACAUGAGACUUCGACAAUUGAAACGGCUUCAGGCAAACAUGGGCGCAAAGGCUCUGUAUGUAGCAAAUUUUGCAAAGGUUCAAGAAAAAACCCAGAUUCUCAAUGAAGAAUGGAAGAAGCUUCGUGUUCAGCCUGUCCAGUUGAUGAAGCCUGUGAGUGGGCAUCCUUUUCUCAAAAAGUGUACCAUAGAGAGCAUUUUCCCGGGAUUUGCAAGCCAGCACAUGUUAAUGAGGUCUCUGAACACAGUUGCCUUGGUUCCCAUCAUGUAUUCCUGGUCCCCUCUCCAGCAGAACUUUAUGGUAGAAGAUGAAACUGUUUUGUGCAAUAUCCCCUACAUGGGAGAUGAGGUGAAAGAAGAAGAUGAAACUUUCAUUGAAGAGCUGAUCAAUAACUACGAUGGGAAAGUCCACGGUGAAGAAGAGAUGAUCCCUGGGUCUGUCCUCAUUAGUGAUGCUGUUUUUCUGGAGUUGGUCGAUGCCCUGAAUCAAUACUCAGAUGAGGAGGAAGAGGGGCACAAUGACACCUCAGAUGGAAAGCAAGAUGACAGCAAAGAAGAUCUGCCAGUGACAAGGAAGAGGAAACGACAUGCUAUCGAAGGCAACAAAAAGAGUUCCAAGAAACAGUUCCCAAAUGACAUGAUCUUCAGUGCAAUUGCUUCAAUGUUCCCUGAGAAUGGUGUCCCAGAUGACAUGAAGGAGAGGUAUCGGGAGCUAACAGAGAUGUCCGACCCCAAUGCACUGCCCCCUCAGUGCACGCCCAACAUCGAUGGCCCCAAUGCCAAGUCCGUGCAGCGGGAGCAAUCACUGCACUCCUUCCACACACUUUUUUGCCGGCGCUGCUUCAAAUACGACUGCUUCCUUCACCCUUUCCACGCCACCCCUAAUGUGUAUAAACGCAAGAACAAAGAGAUCAAGAUUGAACCAGAGCCAUGCGGCACGGACUGCUUCCUUCUGCUGGAAGGCGCAAAGGAAUACGCCAUGCUGCACAACCCUCGCUCCAAGUGCUCUGGCCGUCGCCGGCGAAGGCACCACAUGGUCAGCGCUUCCUGCUCCAACACUUCAGCCUCUGCUGUGGCGGAGACUAAAGAAGGGGACAGUGACAGGGACACGGGCAAUGACUGGGCCUCCAGCUCCUCAGAGGCCAACUCUCGCUGCCAGACGCCCACAAAACAGAAGGCGAGUCCGGCCCCACCCCAGCUCUGUGUGGUGGAAGCGCCCUCGGAGCCUGUGGAGUGGACUGGGGCUGAAGAGUCUCUUUUUCGUGUCUUUCAUGGCACCUACUUCAACAACUUCUGUUCCAUAGCGAGGCUCCUGGGGACUAAGACGUGCAAGCAGGUCUUUCAGUUUGCAGUCAAAGAAUCACUUAUCCUGAAGCUGCCAACAGAUGAGCUCAUGAACCCCUCUCAGAAGAAGAAAAGAAAGCACAGGCUGUGGGCUGCACACUGCAGGAAAAUCCAGCUGAAGAAAGAUAACUCUUCCACCCAGGUGUACAACUACCAGCCCUGCGACCACCCAGACCGCCCCUGUGACAGCACCUGCCCCUGCAUCAUGACCCAGAAUUUCUGUGAGAAGUUCUGCCAGUGCAACCCAGACUGUCAGAACCGUUUUCCUGGCUGCCGCUGUAAGACCCAGUGCAACACCAAGCAGUGCCCUUGCUACCUGGCCGUGCGGGAGUGUGACCCCGACCUGUGUCUCACCUGUGGGGCCUCCGAACACUGGGACUGCAAAGUGGUUUCCUGUAAAAACUGCAGCAUCCAGAGGGGCCUCAAGAAGCACCUGCUGCUGGCCCCCUCGGAUGUGGCCGGAUGGGGCACCUUCAUUAAGGAGUCUGUGCAGAAGAAUGAGUUCAUUUCUGAAUACUGUGGGGAGCUCAUCUCUCAGGAUGAGGCUGAUCGACGAGGGAAGGUCUAUGACAAGUACAUGUCCAGCUUCCUCUUCAACCUCAACAAUGAUUUCGUAGUGGAUGCAACCCGGAAAGGAAACAAAAUUCGAUUUGCAAACCAUUCAGUGAACCCCAAUUGUUAUGCCAAAGUGGUCAUGGUGAAUGGGGACCAUCGGAUUGGGAUCUUUGCCAAGAGGGCAAUUCAAGCUGGCGAAGAGCUCUUCUUUGAUUACAGGUACAGCCAAGCUGAUGCCCUCAAAUACGUGGGGAUCGAGAGGGAGACUGAUGUCCUUUAGCCCUCCUGGGCCCUGCGCCUGCGCUUAUGGUAGCAGCACUGUCUUUGCUUUCCUGCACACACCACCACCCCUCGACUUCCUGUGCUCUGUCUCCCAUGCUGAGAAAACCCCCCACCCACUCCCUCUGUAGUGAGGCCUCACCCGUGUCGGCGGGAACCACACUGUCUCAGUGAGAGGGGAGACAGAGGCAUCUCAGGCUGGGGCUCCUGGGAAGGAGCGUUGCGGGCAACGGAGGCUGCUGCUCGGUCCCCAGAGGAAGAGAGCACAGGCUCGGGGUGGGUGAUGUAUGCUUGACUGAUUUCUCGUCACCCAGGCUGCAGGCCUCCGAAUCAACUCAGGCAGUUCCUAACAAGCAUCAGCCUAUAAUUCUAACUUCCUGAAUCAAGGGUCCUUAGAUAAUUGGGUUGCCAGCCUCUCUCUUGGGUCCUAAGACCCAGAGAGGACAGGAUAAGUGAAGUUUAGUACCUGGAGCUUAUGAGUGGUCUGGGUUAAAGAAGGGCCUGGCAGGCAGUGCAGACGAGAUUCAGUGGGGAGAUGGGUCACCUCACCACCUCUUCCUUCCUGGCAGGGUUCAAACUGUUAGGGUGGGUUCUGAGCAUAGACAUUCAGUGCUGGGAAAAGAGAAGCUAAGGGCCAUCCUUCCAUGGACAGAGUGGGCAUCAGCCUGAUGAUAGCAGGCAAACUGCUGAGCUUGGGGCCCAGCAGGCUUUGAGGGACCUCUGUGUAUCCUGGAGGAUGUGUUUCUGAUGCCCCGCAACAAGAGCCAGUGCCUGGUUAGCUCCUCCUAACAUUCUAGCUUAGCAACUGCAGGCAGGCAUCGCUGCUACCGAAGAAGCAUGAAGGGUGUGUCAGGCUGGGUGUGAGUCUCCUAUUCCCUGGAUCUGUAGUUGUUUCCAGGCCUUCCACUGGCCUUAGAGGCCAGGCCCGCGGAGCCACUGUUACUUAUCUCUUCCUGGUAGAUGGGUGCAGGCCUGGACUAGGGGGAAGACAAUUGGUGUGACUGACUUUCCUGUCUGUAGCACCUGCUCUUGGAAAGGGUGGGUUGACAGUGUGUGUUUGGAGGUGGGCGAGGGGCUCCCACAUUGUGUGUGUUUAGUUAGGAUGGCAUCCUGUGUGUGCACUGCGGACUGGCAGGGGGUAUUUGCAGUGUCGAGAAGACUACCCGGGCCAUUCUGUGGUGCCGUUCUCUCUGGGAUUCAUGCAGAGCAAAGCACUUUAUUUCUUUUAGAAGAUCUGUAGAUUGGGGUAGAGUUUGAGCCAAGGUUUCUGAGGUCCUUGCCCAAAUCCCAUUCCUGAGAGAGGGGAGGGAGAGAGGUGGAAGAUUUCCCUCCAGCUCUGUCUCUUUGCCUGGCGGAGGUGGGAGGUGCUGCCUUCACACAGAACUCAGUGAGAAGAGGCCAGCACUAAGAGCUGCCCUGUGUCUAUGGCUGCUUGUGCUGAGCUGGCAGGGAAUAAGGGGUGUUGUGCUGGGCAAAAAGGACAUGGGCAGGCGUAGACUGGCCUGAAGAGGGUCAGAAUGGGGAGCAGGCUUCCCCCUGCUCUCUGGGAAAGCAGAGCUGUUCUUUCCCCGUCUGUACUGAUCACGCCCUUCCUCCAGCCCCUCCAGGCACUUA